UAUACCCCGUACACACUUUAUUAAACUGUUGAACUGACUGUGAUCGAUUAAAACAUAACACAGAACUCUCAAUAUUAACAAUAAAAAUUCUGUCUCAGAUUUGUGUCCACUUAUCUCUUGACAUUCAACUUUACAUGAAUAAAUCUUGUGAGGGAUAUAUAGGUGUCCAUGUAUAUAUAAGUGGUGUAAAAUCUGAUUUUAUAAAAAAGUCAAUAAAUUAAUUUUCAGAAAGAAAUACAAAACUGAAGUUUAUUGUCAAAAGUAGUUGUAGAAAUGGCUGCAAGAGUGGAUUUAGACUCUGGAAGUCUAGCAGAGCGUAGACCCUCAGGUCCAAGACGAUCAUUGGCCAGACUUAACAGAUUUCGUCAAGAGCCAGCAGUAGUAUGGGGAAGACAGAUCACCAAGUCUUAUGGAAAACUGCAAGUUCUCAACAGCCUGAAUAUCAAUGUACCGAGGGGUUGCAUUUAUGGCCUGCUGGGUCCUAGUGGUUGUGGAAAGACGACCCUACUGCGGAGUGUUCUAGGACGUUUACAGGUGGACAGCGGUCAUGUUGUGGUUCUGGGAGACAAGCCCGGAGCACAUGGUCACAAGGUGCCAGGCAGUAUGGUUGGCUAUAUGCCACAGGAGACGGCCCUGUUUGUGGACCUGACUAUUGCUGAGACACUGCAGUAUUAUGGUCGGUUACACAAGAUGACCUCACAACUCAUACAAACACGCUCUGACUUCCUGGUAGAGUUUCUGUCGCUGCCCGAUAAACAUCGACUUGUCUCACAACUUAGCGGAGGUCAGAUGCGGCGUGUGUCAUUCUGUGUGGCUCUACUUCAUGAACCAGAGCUACUUAUUCUCGAUGAGCCCACAGUAGGUGUCGACCCCUUACUCAGAGAGAGGAUAUGGGACCACCUUAUAAAUAUCACAAGCCACACAGGAAACCAGACAACCAUAAUUCUCACCACCCACUACAUCGAGGAGGCCAAGCAGGCAGAUAAGGUUGGGUUUAUGAGAUAUGGAAGGAUUUUAGCAGAAGAGGAGCCGCUGAAGGCUAUAGAGAGGUUCAACAUGACUAGCCUUGAGAAUGUAUUCCUGAGGCUGUGUGAGGAGGAUUGUGAGGGAACUCUGCCUGAACCCAGGCUGCCACGUAAUGAGUACUCCAAGACCAGCCUGAACACCGAAGAUGAAGAUAACGUUAAGCCUGUGAUUGAUGACGAUGACGAGCCCCUCUUGGAUGUGACAAUGGGUGGGGACCUGGAGCCCCCUCUACCCGCUCACAGAUUUGCUUUCCCCAUUGGGCUUCCCAGCGCCAACAACAUCUUUGCCCAGUUUAUGAAAAACAUACAUUUACUCAGGAGAAGAAUUGGAUUCCUGUUGUUCCAGUUCAUGUUGCCGCUUGUGGAGAUCGUUUUGUUCUGCCUUUGUAUUGGCAAUGACCCCUUCGGCCUCCAUCUUUCCAUCGUCAAUGAGGAUACCGGACCCUUGGGUGCAGCCUUCCUCUCUCAUCUAGAUAAUCAUUCUAUUGUGCAGGACAAUUACACUGGCCGAGGUUGCGCAGAAGCAUACCAUUCCGUAAAGCAGGGUGAAUCAUGGGGAGUUAUACAUAUCAGUGAAAACUUCUCCACAGAUCUCCAAAUAAGAUUCCUAGGAGGCAUGAAUAUUAGUGAUUCUGUGAUCAAUGGUAGCUCUGUGAAAAUACAGAUGGAUUCCACAAAUGAACAAAUAGCGAUAGUCUUAAUAAAGAAGAUAACGGACGGGUUUGAAGCAUUUGCAGGUGAAACACUGAAAGCAUUUGGGAAGAACCCGAAACUGGCUAGUUUACCUAUAUUGAUGGAGAAAUCAGUGUAUGGGAACCAAGAUGCCACUUUUACUGAGUUCAUGGCCCCUGGUGUAAUGAUCUCAGUGACAUUUUUCCUGGCCACAGGACUGACAACCCUUGUGUUUGUAAUGGACAAGAAGAUGGGCCUGCUGGACAGGUGUCUCGCAUCAGGGAUGGUGUCGUUUGAGAUCAUGUUGGCUCACAUGGUGACCCAGAUGUUGAUCGUGGUCGUCCAGGUGGCUGUGCUGCUCAGUGUUGCUCUCCUCAUAUUCAAGGUUCCAUGUCUAGGUCCUCUGAUUUGGGUGAUACUAUUGCUGCUGAUACAGGGGUUUCUGGGCAUGGCAUUAGGUGUGUUGUACUCAGCCAUCUGCAGCGACGAGAACUCGGCUAUACAGCUGGCCCUGGGGUCGUAUUUCCCCUUGCUGCUCAUUAGUGGUAUUUUAUGGCCAAUGGAAGCUAUGCCACACUGGCUGAGGAUUGUGGGAUACAUCUCUCCUAUGACGUUUGCUUGUGAGGGAAUGAGAUGUAUUCUGGCUAGGGGGCUGGAUAUUACUUACUACAUGGUGUGGCGUGGCUACCUGGUGUCUUCAGGCUGGUGCGUGUUCAUCGUCAUCCUUGGGGGAGUCAUUCUCAAGGUCAGGGAAUGACCACAGAUAUGGUUUCCUCAUGUAGAGGAAGGACGGACAGUAUUUGAUCCUGGACAGCAGAUCUCAUCAGAGCUUUGUAGGUUGCAGGUUGACAGUCUUUCACAAACACAAGUCGCUUUAGAGUUUUUCAAAUUAAAAUUAUAUUUGUAAGUUCUUAGGUGUAAAAAUGCCCCAAAAGAAGGAAAAAGUUUGCUUUGCAGAAGUAUCCCAUUGCAAAUCCAUUUAAAAGCUAAAACUGCUAAGAAACUUUUUGAUUAAGCAUGAUGAUUUGAACCAGGGGCUGGUUUCAUAAAAUAUCUAAACUUGUAGGUUAUCGCUUAGUCUAUUUUAUGAAUUGCAUUUUUUUGGUAAAAGAGAACCCUUAUCUUUAAUGGUAGAGUGGUAUAGUGGUAAAGAUGUACCACUCUUUUCUCACUUGACAAACCCCAGCUGUGUGGCUUUCAAGGGACUUCUUAUGAUUCAAGUUUCUUCGCAGUCAAUGGUCUGAGACUGUUCUUGCUAUUUUGAUAACAAUCCUAACAUAAUAAAUCACUGUGAAUUAGGUUAGAAAUGUUCAUGCUGUUUCCUAACUUCCAUGACAAAAUGAGAUAAAAGAUUGAUGUUCCCCUUACAGUUCAUACUUAUGUCCAUCCCUAGCAGACAUUACUCAUGCACCCAAAAGAGGGCAUAUUAAAUAGCACCAUCAGUCCGUCCAGGUUUUCCGUUUUCUGGCAGUAACUUUGUCAUGCAGGAAGGGAUUAAUUGGCACAUGUGUUUGUUACAUAAAGGUGACAUAUCAACUGCUAGACCUACGUCCCUACCUCUUACUGCAUUACUCCUCAAGACUUGAAGCCAACGAUCAUUUGUGCCGGCAUAUGGUUAAAAGUUUAUGAUAGAUCUUCCUUACUGUAGUCAUAUUAGUAAUUGUAAUCCAUUGACAUGGAUGGUACUUUAGGGGCAUUCCUCACUUACUGUAACAGCUAUUGUUUUUUAUUGUUCUGUUUGCAAUGGUCUGACGAGAUUAUAUCAGUCGGUCAAUAGAAAGAAAUUAGAUUCUAUGACUUUACACUUACACCAGCAAAGAGAUCAUAAAAAGAUUCUAAUUACCGGUAAUUUUAUUGUAUCAACUGGGCCACCGCAAAUGCAUAAUUUUUGAUGGAUGAAAAUUCCAGAUUCAUAGAUUGUUAUCUUUGUCUUGUUAUUGUUUUUUGUGUUCUACAUGCAUAUGUAUCAUAGUCAAGAUGUUUCAAAGACAUGUGAUAUUUAUAUAAAGUGUGAUAUCAAAAAGAAUCUCGAAGUUGCUAUCUUCUGAUUUUAGCAUGAUUAGCAUCAUUAUUCCCAGUUUGUUGUGUAAUCUCAUCAAAAGAUAUAUAUUCAAAAAAAUUAUAAGUAUCUUCCAUGGCCGAGAGUGUAAGAUAGGUUCAUCCCGACCCUCGCGCAGGGUGUUUUGCAGAAACGAAGUUUACCGAGUGCGAGGGUCGGGACAAACCUAUCUUACACGAGCGGCUAUGGUAGAUGCUUUUUCUCCCACCUCAGUUAAACAAAAUAAAGUAAAAAUGUGUUUUUUUGCUGGAACUCUUUUGUGCUUAGUGAAAAUAAUUGCGUAUGGAUAUGCGAUAAUUCGUGGUUGUCAUAGAUAUGCGCGCAGCGAUUCCGAUUAUAUUAAUAGUCAAAUCGGUCUUUAAAUAGUCCUAAGGAGAGUGAAGCAUUAUUUCUUGAAUGGUGCGUGAAAAAUGUUUUAUGGUGACAUUCGAAGUGAGAAAUAAUUAACUAGCGUUCUAAAUAUUUCCAUGAUGCUACAGACAGUCUUCAAGAAGGGAGGUAAUUACAAUGUGGUGACCAUUAAAAAGGAGUUCCAUACGGGCAUUUUAUCUUCGCCCGUGGGCAAGAUAAGAAAAUCUAGCAUGGUUAAAUAAUUGGAUCUACUUAUUUGAGGUGGGAGAAAAAUAUCUCUAACUUAGUAAAGAAGAUGGUAUUUUAUAAAUGGAUUAAUUUCUGAUGACAGCAUUAUAUGAUAAACUUGACUGGGAUUUAGUUUUCUGUUUUAUUUCACAUACUGACAUAGGAGGCCUAUAUGUCAAUGUUUUGAUAUUCUUUUUCGUUCCUCUGACUUUUCCAAAAGAUAAAAUAUUGAUGGAUUUGGAUAUAUCGAUGGAUUUGGAUAUGUCGAUGGAUUUGGAUAUAUCGAUGGAUUUGGAUAGCUGUAUUGCAAACCUUGGCCAAAACUAAAAAAACACACAAUGAUUUAAACAUUCUGUACAUGUUAUAAGAGACAGUACGCACAUCUAAAGCAAGGCCCAUAAAUCUGGCUUUAAUGUCGAGUUAUGCCCCUUCUCCGACUGAUUAGAAACAGGCAGUUGCUCCAUGGCACUAUUGUUUUUGUAACAUUUAAUUAAUGGCAGUCUGGUAUUUAUUUAUUUUUUCUUUUCUUACCAAUAUUAUUUCACUGAGUGCACUUUUAAUCAGCUUCAUUGCUCAAACUUCUUUUACUUAAAAAUCUCAACUUUCGACUUUUUUCUUUGGGGGGGGGGGGGGGGGUGCAUAUGCUAAGCAAGUUUCCACACACGCUCCAAAUUUCAAAUUAAUUAUUAAUUGCAAUACAAUAGAAUGUGCUAAAGAUAAACAGAAAUUUCUGUUUGUACGAGGUUUUAAUCUGCUAUCUGCGAGGGUCGGUUGCAAAAUUCCAAGACUGACAUUGCCCAAAAGAAGUGAUUAGACAUCACAUAAACUAAAGUUGGACAAAAUAUGCUUCAUGACAAUUCCAUGUUCCUAUUUUAUAAAAGCACUAGGGGCGUCAUUUUGAGGUCAUGUGAAAUGUUGUUGAUUACUUCAAUUGAUGCAGACUUGCUACAUGUAUUUCAUCAGGACUGAUGCCUAUUUCUUUUGAACCUUCUUAACCUUAAAUGUUUUUUUAAAUCAGCUAUUUCGCUUUUAUACAUGAAUGUUUAUGUUGUUAUAAGCCAUGUUAUACCUAACAAUGCCUUUUUUGGGGUAACCAUAAUGUAUUUCCAAGACAUUUUAUGCUUAUAGAAAUUUACAGAGAAUGUAAUUUUUUGUUAAAACAUGUACUUUUUUACCAGUUGUAAGUUUUCAAUUUGAUUCAAUGAUAAAUAAAGACCACUGCAACAGCAUUGCUCCGUGCCAGUUGACGUUUCAACAAUAUUGCUCAGUGCAAGUUGACAGUUCAACAAUAUUGUCGUCACUUCAAAUAAAACCACCUUGUUUUGAUGCACUGCAUAAUAAAAUGUAGAAAUGGAAAUUUUAUAACAUAUAUAGCAGUAUACUUCAUAAUUAUGAGCUGUUUCAUAUCUGUACAAAGUUUUAUUGAAAUACAAUGCACUGUUUUUGUUUUAUGAUGACAAUCUGGGAACUUUACUCCUGUCCCUCGUACACAGAUCUUUGGGCGAUGGAACUGUAAAUCGUUCUUCAACCAAUGAUUAUCUAUUUGAUUUUGCCCUAGGAGAAUUUCAUGAAUCAUGCAUAUUGCGUAGACGAUAAUAGGUGACAUACAAAUGAUAUAUUAAAGUUCAUGUUUAUAAUGCUGAUUAUUCAUUUUCACUGUUAUUCACUAAUUUAUGUAUUCAUACAUGUAUAUAGAUUUAUAUUUAUUGGCCCAUUUGUUCAGAACUUUGUAAAAUCUAACAAUGUGAUUUACAACAUCGAUGUUAACUUUUAAAUGUGAUAUAUUUUGUGAUAUGCUCAUAUAGUUAAAUAAAGCAAAUACAGCUUUAAUUGUUAUCUCAAAUUUUAUCAGGAAUACGUCAGAUCAUAAGUGAAUGCAAGAAAUUUAGAGGGUAGUCCAGAUUUGAAAGUUCACAGCGAUGAUGUUAUCAGCGUUGUUGACUAUAAAAAAGUUCUAAACAAUCAGCCCAUUGUGUAUGGAUUUGUACUAUAGUAGUAGAUGUGAUUUAACAAGACUUACCAAAGUUGAUGCUGUGAAUUUUGUCUUGUAUUAUACAGGUGUAUUUUCAAAUUGUUAGCAGUAUUUUAUUGUUGAGAUUUAUUCUAAUAAAACCGUGUUAACUUUCA